AUGCGCGUGGUUAAUUGGUUGGCAAUUGGGAUGGGGAUUUGGGGAGGAGGUGUACUUGCGCUAGAGACGGAGAGGGGAGAUAAAGGAUUGGAAGGGGUGGAGAAGGAUGAGGAGAGGUUGCCUUUGCCGAGUUAUCAUUUUGGGGCAGGGAUUGAGGUCGAGUGUAUGGAGAGGGAUGUCGAUACAGGAGAACAUGUUCAACUAGAGGACAAUUCUUUAAAAUACAUACCAUUUCCGAUAUGUAAUGAAACGGGAAGACCAUUGGAAUUAAAAUAUGGAGUUGAAGAAGAACUCAAUUGUACAAUUCCUUUGAUAACAGAUCCUUUCUUUCAUCUUCUCGAAUUUUAUAUUCAUUCCGAUGCACCUCUCUCCUGUCGAAUUCCUUCUCGACCCGCACCCACUGUUCAUCACAUGAACAGCUAUCCAAAUUAUAAACAAGAAUAUAUUCCUCUCACCUUCGCUCUCUCAGGAACAUUACAACUCUCCCACCUUCAUAUCUCCACUCACCUAAAUGUUCUUCUUCAUAGCGUCCCAAAACAUCAUCUUCAAAAACAUGAUUCGGGUGUAAUCGACAGUGGAGUAGCAUAUAGUACGAGUCCUUUAAGUCACAUUACGGGUCCAGCCGCUCUUACUAAAAAACUUAUUAUUGGAGAUGAAUUACCUCUUAAAUUGAGUAUUCGUUGGUUUCCAACCCCAUUACUCCCGAGAGAAAAUGGAAAGGUAGAAUGGAAUGGGCUAGGGGGUCAUGUGAAUUGGAUGACGAUCGGAUAUGUCAUUGUAGCGUUUGGAGCCGGAGCUACGGUGAUGGGGGCUUGGAUGGUAGGGUGGGAGGUUCCGAGGAGGAUGAGGGGGUGGAGUGGGAGGUUGGCGAGGGUGGGGGGGUUGGGAGGCGCGAAUAGUAAGGGUUUGGGUGGGGCGACGCCGUUGGGGUAUGGGGUUAAGGGGGGUGGGUUUGGAGGUGGUGGUGGUGGAGCGGUAGGGAAUGGAUGGGGGUUUGUGGGGGGUGGGAGUGGGAGGGGGGAUGGGAAGAGAGAUUAG